GCGCUGCUGAAGUACGAGACCCUCACAGCAGAUGAAAUUCGUGCUGCUGCUGCAGGGACUCUGGAUUUGAGCAGCAGCAGCAAGCAGCAGCCGCGGCAGCAGCAGCAGCAGCGAGGGAGGCAGCAGCAACAAAAGCAAGAAAAGCAGCAGCCAGCAGUAGCAUCUGUCAGUCUUAGCAGCAGCAACAGCAGCAGCAACAGCAGCAGCAGCAGCAGCAGCAGCAGCAGCAGCAGCAGCAGCAGCAUUAGCGCGGAGACAGGACCAGCAGCAGACCAAGGAGACAACAAGGAGACCAGCUGA